AUGGCGGCUGAGGUGGCGAAGCUGCGGCGGCGGCCGGAGUGAGCGUCCAGCUCGCCGCGCCGAGCGAGGGCCGGCCGGAGGGCCGCGCGCCGGGGCCGCGCCCUGGUCGUCCGGCCGUGGGGAGCGCCGGCUCCCACUCUCCGCCAGCUCCGGGUGAGUAGGCCCGGAGCCUGCAGCCCCGGCCUCGGGGCCCUGCUCGCCCGGGAGCUUCCCAGGGCGCCAGCGCCGGAGGCGGCUUCUCGGCCGGGCCGGGGGCGGCGCGGACUACGCGGGGUUGGCCCCGGUGCGAGCCGCCGGGCUCUCCGUCUCCGCCACGCUGAGGCGAAUCGGGCGCGGCGGGGAGUUGAGCCUGGGCGAGUGGAGGCUUUUGGAGUUUGGAGGAAGAAUGGCCCCAGGCGGGCGGACGUCGGCCUGAGGUUGUUUCCUAGAAACAUGGUUGUUUGCUGGAGUUGACUCACCCAGUGAGGACGUCUUUACUGAUAAUGUCAAGUUCAGGUUACCCUCCCAAUCAAGGAGCUUUCAGCACAGAGCAAAGUCGUUAUCCUUCACAUUCUGUCCAGUAUACCUUUUCCAGCACUCGACACCAGCAGGAGUUUGCAGUCCCUGACUAUCGCUCUUCUCAUAUUGAAGUUAGUCAGGCAUCACAGCUUUUACAGCAACAGCAGCAGCAGCUUCGAAGACGACCUUCCUUGCUUUCAGAAUUUCACCCAGGUUCUGACAGGCCUCAAGAAAGAAGAACUGGAUAUGAACAGUUUCACUCAGGCCCCUCACCUGUGGAUCAUGAUUCCUUGGAGUCCAAGCGACCACGCCUGGAGCCAGUUUCUGAUGCCCAUUUCCAGCGUGUUAGUGCUGCAGUUUUACCUUUAGUUCAUACGCUGCCAGAAGGGUUGAGGUCGUCUGCAGAUGCUAAGAAGGAUUCAGCAUUUGGAGGCAAACAUGAAGCUCCAUCCUCUCCACUGGCUGGGCAACCAUGUGGAGAUGAUCAAAAUGCUUCACCUUCAAAGCUUUCAAAGGAGGAGUUAAUACAGAGUAUGGAUCGGGUAGACCGAGAGAUUGCAAAAGUAGAGCAGCAGAUCCUUAAACUGAAAAAGAAGCAACAACAGCUAGAAGAAGAGGCAGCUAAGCCCCCUGAGCCGGAGAAGCCUGUGUCUCCUCCUCCUGUGGAGCAGAAACACCGUAGUAUUGUCCAAAUUAUUUAUGAUGAGAAUCGGAAAAAAGCAGAAGAAGCUCAUAAAAUAUUUGAAGGUCUUGGCCCAAAAGUUGAACUGCCACUCUAUAACCAGCCAUCAGACACCAAGGUGUACCAUGAGAACAUCAAGACAAACCAGGUGAUGAGGAAAAAACUCAUUUUAUUUUUUAAAAGAAGAAAUCAUGCAAGAAAACAAAGGGAACAAAAAAUCUGCCAGCGUUAUGAUCAGCUCAUGGAGGCAUGGGAGAAAAAAGUGGACAGAAUAGAAAAUAAUCCCCGGAGGAAAGCAAAAGAAAGCAAAACAAGGGAAUACUAUGAGAAGCAGUUUCCGGAAAUUCGAAAACAAAGAGAGCAGCAAGAAAGAUUUCAACGAGUUGGUCAGAGGGGAGCUGGUCUUUCAGCCACCAUUGCUAGGAGUGAGCAUGAAAUUUCUGAAAUUAUUGAUGGUCUUUCUGAGCAGGAGAAUAAUGAGAAACAAAUGCGGCAGCUUUCUGUGAUUCCACCUAUGAUGUUUGAUGCAGAGCAAAGAAGGGUCAAGUUCAUCAAUAUGAAUGGGCUUAUGGAGGAUCCUAUGAAGGUUUAUAAAGAUAGGCAGUUCAUGAAUGUUUGGACUGACCAUGAAAAGGAGAUCUUCAAGGACAAGUUUAUCCAGCAUCCGAAAAACUUUGGCCUGAUUGCAUCCUACUUGGAAAGGAAGAGUGUGCCUGACUGUGUUUUAUAUUACUAUUUAACCAAGAAAAAUGAGAAUUAUAAAGCCCUAGUGAGAAGGAAUUAUGGAAAACGCAGAGGCAGAAAUCAGCAGAUUACCCGUCCCUCACAAGAAGAAAAAGUAGAAGAAAAAGAAGAGGAUAAAGCAGAAAAAACAGAGAAAAAGGAAGAAGAGAAGAAGGAUGAUGAAGAAAAAGAUGAGAAGGAAGAUUCUAAAGAAACAACCAAGGAAAAGGACAGAACAGAAGGCACAACAGAAGAAACUGAGGAGAGGGAGCAGGCCACUCCGAGGGGUCGGAAGACUGCUAACAGCCAGGGGCGCCGGAAGGGUCGGAUCACCAGGUCCAUGACUAGUGAAGCUGCAGCUGCUAGUGCUGCUGCUGCAGCCACUGAAGAUCCCCCUCCACAGCUGCCACCACCAGAGCCCAUUUCUACUGAGCCUGUUGAGACCUCGAGAUGGACAGAAGAAGAAAUGGAAGUUGCUAAAAAAGGCCUGGUAGAACAUGGUCGUAACUGGGCAGCCAUUGCCAAGAUGGUGGGAACUAAAAGUGAAGCCCAGUGUAAAAACUUCUAUUUUAACUAUAAAAGGCGGCACAAUCUUGACAGCCUUUUGCAGCAACAUAAACAGAAAGCUUCACGAAAACCCCGUGAAGAACGAGAUGUGUCUCAAUGUGAAAGUGUUGCUUCCACUGUUUCUGCCCAAGAGGAUGAAGAUAUUGAAGCCUCAAAUGAAGAGGAAAAUCCAGAAGAUAGUGAAGGUGCUGACAAUAGUUCUGAUACAGAAAGUGCUCCCUCUCCUUCACCAGUUGAAGCUGCCAAGCCCAGUGACGACAGCAGUGAAAAUGCUGCUUCUCGAGGAAACACCGAACCUGUGGCUGAGCUUGAAGCCACCACUGACCCUGCACCCUGUGCAUCUCCCUCUUCAGCAGUUCCAAGCACAAAACCAGCUGAAAGUGAAAGUGUGAAGGCCCAGGUGACUGACGGCGCCACUGUGGGGACAGCAGAGCCGAUGGAUGUCGACCACGAGGAGUGCGGCGCCCAAGCCACUUCUGUUCUUGAUCCACCAGCUGCUACCAAAGUCGACUCUGUGGACGCAGAAAUGCGGGUGCCAGAAAACACUGCGCCUGAAGGUGAAGGCGAUGCCAAAGAAAGAGACUUGGAGAGCAGCAGUGAGAAGACCGCAGCUCCAGAUGAAGACUUGGUAGUAGCUGAGCAGAUGAAUAUCCAGAGGCCUGAGCCACAGUCAGACAACGACUCCAGUGCCACAUGCAGUGCUGAUGAGGAUGUUGAUGGAGAGCCAGAGAGGCAGAGAGUGUUUCCUAUGGAUGCAAAGCCUUCAUUGUUAAAUCCUACUGGAUCUAUACUAGUCUCAUCCCCUAUUAAGCCAAAUCCGUUGGAUCUGCCACAGCUUCAGCAUCGAGCUGCUGUUAUCCCACCAAUGGUUUCUUGCACCCCAUGUAGUAUAACAAUUGGAACUCCUGUAAGUGGCUAUGCUCUUUACCAGCGGCACAUUAAGGCCAUGCACGAGUCAGCACUCCUGGAGGAACAGCGGCAGAGGCAAGAACAGAUAGACUUGGAAUGUAGAAACUCUACCAGCCCGUGUAGCACUUCCAAGAGUCCAAACAGGGAAUGGGAAGGUAGGUAG